CCCUUAGACCACUUCCUGGGGGUGGAGAGGACCUCAGCUGCUGCUGCGACAACCCAGGAAGGCGGUAACGCCCGAGUCCCGAGACUCCGGCUGUUGCCAACAAAGUCCUGGGACACCCUCAGCUCUGACUGCGAGAGCAUCGUCUCACUCCAUACAGAACGGCUCGCCACCGGCUCCCAUCAGUUGCGCCUCCAUCUGUUGGGACCCAUGCCUCUAAGCCUGGCCGGGCCUCUGGGCAGGUCGUAGGAACCCGGCGUGGACUCGCCUACUGCAAAAGCUAUCUACUAAGAAACUCAGAAUCUGAACCCUUCAGAGUCCGGCCGGUGCUCGCCACCGUCACCUGCUGGUUGAAUUCCGGAAACCCACUGUGCACAGAAGGAAAUCGCUGACCGCGCAGAAUCAGAAUCUUCUGGACCAAAAGCUCUGGGACCCUGUCUGGCUGCCUUUUUUUUUCAUCGGGUCUUUCAUCCUUUCGGGGACUUCUAUGUUCUGAAGCCCCCAAUCGCCACCAAGGUAGCUGGGUGGGCUACAAGCUUUGCUGUCUUGUUUUCCAACCUCUGCCUCCAACAUAGCGAGUCUGAACGUUACCAUCCACUUCUUCCCAAAACCAGGAGAUUCUGCCUUUUCCUUCUCCUUGCUUGUCUCCUACAGUUCCCAAAAUUUCCCCCCCUCCUGUGUCCUCUUCACCCCCUUCUUUUGGGGGGCCCGUGACCCUAAAUGUGGGGGGAACACUAUAUUCCACUACAUUGGAGACCCUGACACGCUUCCCGGACUCCAUGCUGGGGGCCAUGUUUAGGGCUGACACCCUUAUUCCAGCCAAUCUCAACUCUCAAGGAGAUGGCCAUUACUUCAUCGACAGAGAUGGCAAGGCUUUCCGGCAUAUCCUCAAUUUCCUGAGGCUGGGCCGUCUGGAUCUGCCCCGUGGGUAUGGAGAAACUGCACUUCUUAAGGCAGAGGCUGACUUCUACCAGAUCCGGCCCCUCCUGGAUGCCCUGCGGGAAUUGGAAGCUUCUCGGGGUACCCCUACACCCAGAGCUGCGCUGCUCCAUGCAGAUGUUGAUGUCAACCCCCGCCUGGUACACUUCUCUGCUCGAAGGGGCCCACAUCACUAUGAGUUGAGCUCUGUUCAGGUGAACACCUUCCGAGCCAACCUCUUCUGUACCGACCCUGAAUGUCUGGGCUCCAUGCGUAACCGAUUUGGUGUGGCCAGUGGGGACAGGGCAGAGGGCGGUCCACAUUUUCAUCUAGAGUGGGCCUCCCGCCCCCGGGAACUUCCCGAAGUGGAGUAUGAAAGACUAGGGCUGCAACCACUGUGGACUGGGGGGCCGGAAGAUCGGCGGGAGGUGGUAAAUGCGCCUACCUUCCUGGAGGAGGUCCUGCGGGUGGCUCUCGAGCAUGGCUUCCGCCUGGACUCUGUCUUCCCAGACCCUGAAGACCUGCUGAACUCUAGAUCUUUGCGCUUUGUCCGCCACUGAGAAUGCUACCCUUCACUUUACUGUGGAGAAGAGAAGAAUGUGUCAGCCAAGGGGCUGAUGGCUUUCCUGAAGAAUCUUUGUAGUUCUGGUGUGGGAGCUGUGAGAGUCAGGGAUCCUACCUGACUGGAGCCUACAUGUAGGCUGGGAUUCCCAAAUUGAGUCCAACUCCCAGGACUCGAGAGUGGUCCUCUCGAUCUACACUGGGGCUUAUCCUGGGAAAGCAUCUGUGCAUUCUCCAGCCUGUUCUUGCUUGAGGAUGGGUCCUCUGUGUUUAGGGCUGUGGAAAAGUAAGGAAGCACCUCUGCCCAGGCUAAACCUAGCAGAGCUCUGGAGGUUUGAGCACUAGGUGGAAGGACAUACUUUGGAUUAUCAAAUGUGGUCUGUCCCCUAGACUGUGGCUUCCCCUGGAGCUGGUCACCGUAUCCUACUAUGACCAUUAAGAGGCCAGGAUAUCUGGGAGGUUUGUUUACUAUAUUCAAAGCCACCUACUAUGGAAGAUUGAAAAUAGACAACUCAUCCUAGGUUGACAAAAGGGAGCUAGGAGGAUCCCCACCAGCAUGGGGGGUAGAGCACCCUUCUGAGAUUCCAAGUAUUUUAGAGGGUUU